CUCCUUUCUGUCUCUCACCGCUUGUUUCUUUCCCACGACCAAAAAUAAGCCUCAGUGGGCGAUAAUUGACCACAUCUUCAUCUACUUUUCAGUACUGCCAGACAAGCGAGCAGCAGGAAGAAAGAAAGAGAGAAGGAAAGGAAGGACAACGCUCACACCCUCUGUCACCCUCUCCCCUCUCUCGCUCUUGCCUGCACUCCAGCAGCCAUCCACUGCUGCUGCUGCUGCUGCACCACUAACACAGCAUCGCCUGUUGUUCGCUGCACACAGACACAUAAACGCACACACACACACACUUAAAUACACGGACACGCGACAUGUCAUUAAACAAGGCAUCGUUGAUACGCAAGCUGUCGACGCUGUCGACCAGCCAGGACAGCAUCCAGUCACUCUCGCUCUGGCUGUUCCACUUUUCCAAGCACGCAGACGACAUUGUCAAAGUGUGGCAGCAAGAGCUCAAACAAGCGCCGACAAAGCAGAAGCUCAAGUUCAUCUUCUUGGCCAAUGACGUGAUUCUCCAAGGCAGGAAGAAAGGCAUGGCCUACAUCACUGCCUUCCAGCCAGUGCUUCCAACCGUGCUCCCCGAAGUGUACAAGGUGCUUGAUGCAAAGGGCCAACAGCAGCUGAUUCGGGUCAUUUCCAUCUGGCAAGACCGUGCAGCGUAUCCUGUUGAGUUCCUGAAUGAACUGCGCAAGCGCCUCCGCUCGUCACAGCCCGUGGCCAGCGCCAACAGCAGCGGCCCUGCUGUCAGCACAGAUGCUUUGCAAGAUGUCGACCUUGGCCAGCCAAUCAAUAAGCGCGAAUUGUUUAGGAAAGUGGAUGCCCACGAGGAGCAGUUUCCUUCGCUCGCCGCGGCCAUGGCCAAGAUUCGAUCCCUCCCACCAGCCGUGUUUGACGACAGGCCAAUCAAGGACAUUACCAGUGAGUCACAUUGGCCCGUGACAUGA